AUGGAUUCUAGAGUGGAUAACGUGGAGAGAGAAGUUACGAAGUUAGGCGUUGAGAUGGGUACCAUUCGAGAAUGUUUGGUUGAAAUACAGUCAUGGGUGCGAAGAAAAGAUGAGGAAGAAGUAGGUAGAACUGAGAUGCGUUCAUCGGAAAAUGUUCGAUCUCAGCAGGAAGAAAAUCCAAAUGGAGCAAGCGAGUCUGGCAACCGUAACCAAACCCGUAGUGAAAUGACUGGAAGAAAGUUGGAGAUGCCGAUAUUUUUUGGCGAAGAUCCUUACGGAUGGAUUUUUAGAGUAGAGCGCUACUUCCACCUCAAUGGAAUAACUGAGGAAGGAAAAUUGACGGCAACAGCUGUCUGUAUGGAGGGUGAAGCCAUUAACUGGUUCCAGUGGAUGGAAUCCAGAGCUUCGGCGAAUUCAUGGGCCAUGUUUAAGCUGGCACUACUUCAAAGAUUUAGUGGGUCGCAAGAGCUCAACCCAUAUGAGUCAUUAAUGGCCAUGAAGCAGACUGGUUCAGUUAUGGAGUUUCGGCGUCAAUUUAAAGCUGUCACGGCACUUCUAGUAGGGAAGAAGGAAGAGAUACUACAAGCAGCAUUUAUCAAUGGGCUGAAAGUUGAAGUGAGAGCUGAACAAUUUCAAAUUAUUUUAGUGGAUGAAGAGGAAGAUGAUCCAUACCCGAUUGGUGGUUGGAAGUCUGUCGAAUCUGAAAUGGAGCAACGACAGGAACAAGUUGAGCUUUCUCUUAGCUCGGUGGUGGGGAUUCAUAGCCCCAAAACAAUGAAACUCAAGGAAGAAUCCAAGUCUUUUGGGGUCAGAGUAGGGGAUGGAUAUAGCGUGAGAUGUGAGGGAGAAUGUAGAAAUGUUUGCAUGGAGUUACAAGGAGUGACGAUUAUUCAGAAUUUUUUCCCGUUUGAUAUGAGCAGUGCGGAUGUUGUUCUAGGGAUUGCAUGGCUGGAAACGUUAGGGGAGACAACCACAGAUUGGAGGAAGCAGACCAUGAGGUUUAAACUGGGAGAUCAGAUUGUAUGUCUGAGUGGGGACCCAUCUCUGAAUAAAACCAUGGUUUCGCUCAAGGCUAUGAUCAAGGCAUUGUAG